GAGAAAGAAUGCCUAGAGAGUAAACCACGCGGAGAGAAGACUCCAAAACCCAAAUCCAGGGACGUCGCCCUCCUUUCUCUCGCCGUAGCCUCCACUCCACUUGAAGUCGUCGCCGCGCCGCCGUCCUACCUCGUCGUCGGCGCCCGCGCCAUCAGAACCCCAAGCCCCUUGCCCUAGCUUCCACAAAGGGGACCCACCGGAGCGGAGAUGUCGUCGUGGCUGCGCAGCGCGGUGAGCCGGGCCGGCCGCAGCGGCGUCGCGCGCGCCGUCAAAGGGUACGCCGACGCCGUCGCGCACCAUGCCGGCCAGGCCGUCUCCGAAAUCCUCCACGACCGCGGGGGUACACAGAGCUUCAAAAGUUUCAAGAAAACAGUAAUGCGCUUGGAAGAGGCAGCAGUUUCAUGUCAUGGGAGCGAUAGAGUUGAACUGUUAAGGCGUUGGUUGGGAGUACUACAAGACAUUGAGGCUGAACUUGCCGGAUCAGAUUUGAAGGAUGCUGAACAUCAUGAUUCUGCUGGUGAAUUAGAUGCUUUAAAACCACCAUUGGCUUUGUUUUAUGAUCCUGAUAUUGAAGGAGCACCUAUGAACUUCCGUGAUGUGUUCCUGUACAGCCAGGCGCUUGAAGAUAUUACACAAUCCAUGAUUCUUGAAGCUCCAUCUGAGGAAGAAGUUUCACUUCUCCUGGAAAUUUUUGGACUGUGUCUCACUGGUGGGAAAGAAGUCAACAAGGCAAUCGUGAACAGUGUGCAAGAUCUGGCCAAUGCAUUCUCAAAUUACAAAGAUGAAGUCCUGGUGAAGCGUGAAGAGUUACUUGAAUAUACACGGAAUAUUAUUUCAGGACUAAAGAGAAAUGCUGAUAUUAUGAGGAUAGAUGCUGAAACCCUUGAGUUGUGGAGAGAACUAGAAGGGAAGGAGAACUCACGGUCUCAAUCAACUGAAAAUGAAGAUAAAGCAUCAGAGAAGAUUGCUGUUGCCAAUAUUGAGGCUUUGAAAGAGGCACUUACAGAAGUCCGCUUUUGCUCUAGAGUGGAAGAACUUCUACUGAAGAAGAAGUCGAUUGCUCCUGGGGACUCCAUGGAGAUUCAUUCUCAGAAGGUCGACAAGCUUAAGGUCCUGGCAGACUCCCUUGCUAGUUCAUCCUCCAAAGCAGAACAGCAGAUCAUGGACCACAGGCGUCAGAAAGAAGAUGCUCUGAACUUUCGUGUGAAAAAAGAGAAUGAAGUGAAUGCAGCUGAGAAGGGAUUGCUUUCUGAGAUUACUGAAUUGGAGAAGCAAAGAGAUGAACUUGAGGCUCAGUUGAAAAAGGUCAAUAUAUCAAUAAAGGCUGCUUCUGUGCGGCUCAAGACAACCAGGGAAGAGAGAGACCAAUUUGAUGAGGCAAACAGCCAAAUUAUAUUUAGUUUAAAAACGAAGGAAGACGACCUCUCGAAAUCCAUCACCUUAUGUAAUGUUGAAGCCAAUGUAGUCAAAACCUGGAUCGAUUUCCUUGAGAACACCUGGCAGUUCCAGUCCUCAUACAAUGAACAGAAGGAAAAGAAAACAAGUGAUGAGUUGGAGAGAUGUGUGAGUGAUUUUCUGAAGUUGCCCUUUUGUAAUAUAAUAUGUUAUGGACUUUGCAGUGUUGAGUUGGAGAGAUGUGUGAGUGAUUUUCUGAAGUUGACCAAACAUCACCUUUCAGCCUUCAAGGAAGUCCUAAGCCCGUCGAUUGAGAGUAUCCAAACAUAUGUGGAUAAUUUGGCAGUCUUGAACUCAAGGGAAGAGACAAGAGAACAUAAAGAUGAUGAAUCAUCAGAGAAGACAAACCCACUUAAAUCCCUCGAGGAGGAAUAUUUGGAAACUGAAAAGAAGAUCAUAAUUGCUUUCAGCAUCGCUGAUCACAUAAAGAAGCUGUUCUAUUCUGAGCAUGGGGCUAAUUCUAGGAGAGAUGACCCAGAGGUCAAGAAGCUAAUUGAUGAGAUCGAGAAACUGAGGGAAGCAUUUGAAUCUAUAGAAAGGCCAACACUAAGUGUAGAAGACCACAAAUCAAGGCCACUACCUGAGGAAAGAUCUGACUUGAGCCCUUCACCUAUCCAAGCACCUGUUACCCCUAGAGCCGCGCAUGUCGAUUCCCCCAAAUCUCCCUUGAAGGCCGAGCAGCAGGUGCAUUCUGAUGCUGAACUUGCAGACCUGGGAGCAGGUUUCGGGAAGGAUGACAAAGAUUACUCUGGUGAGGAGAUCAGUGGGUGGGAGUUUGAUGAGCUCGAAGAGGACUGAGCGCCGACUCAUCAUCCGAAUCGAGCAUCUGCACUAACAUGUAUUUCUCCAGUUCCGACAUGCCACAGAAAUGUGUAGCGUCGGAUGUAUAUAGCGGUGUCUGUUCGAUUGCAUCUUCGCGUUGUCUGCAGGUAUGCAGAUUGUGCGACUGACCUGUAACCUUGGCAAGACAGUUGCUAUUUGUUUGUUCUUGCCAUGAUGAUGUCCCAGUUUACAUGUGUACUGAUUACUGAACAACACCGUUGUAAGAUUUAUAAGUUUGGACUU